CUGAUUUUCUGAGCAUUAUUUUUUGAUCUGCAUCCCAAAACCUGCCAGGAGUUACUACAGAACAUAGCGUUCUUUGUACCGACAGGAUGGGUGUGGAAAUAGUGAUAAACGGGGACAGCCCUUAUGGAACUAGCGCCAGAUUGGAGAAGAUGAAGAAAAGUCUGAACAUGUAUGUGGAAAAGGUGAAAAAUUUUCCGGGAUUAGCAUGGAAAAUGAUAUGGAAGGUUGGAAGAGAAGAUCCAAGGAGAGUUAUUCAUUCGAUCAAAGUUGGUUUGUCAUUGACACUAGUUUCCUUGUUAUAUCUUUUGGAGCCAUUGUUUGAAGACAUUGGCCAGAAUGCCAUCUGGGCUGUUAUGACUGUGGUGGUUGUGCUGGAAUUCACCGCAGGAGCAACAUUGUGCAAGGGCCUCAACAGAGGAUUCGGGACGCUGUUAGCAGGAUUACUUGCAUUUUUCAUCGAGUAUAUCGCCACAGCUUCUGGGCAGAUUUUCAAGGCGAUUUUCAUUGGAACUGCAGUUUUCUUGAUUGGAAUGUCAGCUACUUACGUGAGGUUUGUCCCAUAUAUAAAGAAGAAUUACGACUAUGGGGUUGUCAUAUUCCUCUUGACCUUCAAUUUGAUUACUGUAUCAAGCUUCCGAGUUGAGAAUGUGUUAAAGAUAGCCCAUGAGAGGAUUUACAUGAUAGCUAUUGGUUGUGGAAUCUGUCUCCUCAUGAGCCUCUUAGUAUUUCCAAAUUGGUCUGGGGAAGAACUCCAUGAUUCCACUGUUUUUAAGCUUGAAGGGCUAGCAAUAUCAAUUCAAGCAUGUGUGAAUGAUUAUUUUAGUGAGGAGGAACCAAAAGCAGCAAAUGGAGAAUCAUUGGAGGAUCCAAUUUAUAAGGGCUACAAGGCAGUCUUGGACUCCAAAUCCACUGAUGAGACCUUGGCAAUGUAUGCAAGUUGGGAACCAAGGCAUUCAAGAUAUUGCUAUAGAUUCCCAUGGCAGCAAUAUGUUAAACUUGGAGCUGUUCUUCGCCAUUUUGGGUAUACUGUCGUUGCUCUACAUGGAUGUUUAAAAACUGAAAUUCAGACUCCACGAUCUGUUCGAGCUCUUUUCAAAGAUCCAUGUAUUCGAGUUGCUAGAGAAGUAUCAAAAGCACUGAUGGAACUGGCAGAUAGCGUAAGCAAACGCCGCCAAUGCUCGCCAGAGGUACUAUCCGAUCACCUCCACGAAGCCCUACAAGACCUUGAUACCGCCUUAAGAUCCCAACCAAAACUUUUUCUUGGCCCCAAUGCCAAUAGUAACACCAACAUGUUAGCCCUUGCAGCUGCGCAAGCACGACAAAAAUCAGGAAAAGAUUUUGGAAUUUCAUUAUCAAGCGUAAAAACGGACACAUCUGCAUUGCUCGAAUGGAGAUCCAAGAGGGCUUCCGAGCAAUCGAAAGAGAAUGAUCGAAAAGUGCUCAGGCCAACUUUGAGCAAGAUUGCAAUCACGAGCCUUGAGUUUUCGGAAGCACUUCCCUUUGCUGCUUUUGCCUCUUUGCUAGUAGAAAUUGUGGCAAGGCUUGAUUUAGUGAUUGAGGAAGUUGAAGAAUUGGGAAGGUUGGCUCAUUUCAAGGAAUUUGAACCAGGAGACGCAGUUCUUAGUGUGAUUUGUCAGACACCUAAAGCUGAAAAUGCAAAACCUAUGGAGAAUCAUUUACCAUCUCAUGGUGCAGCUGAAUAAAUUGAUAGGCACAAGAGGUUUAUAUGUGUAGAAUGUACUUCAAGAAUUUAGUAUAUUGCCUUAAGCCGGCUCUUGAUGCAUUGAUGUGCAUUGCUACCUAAAAGAGCAAAGAAGUACAUGUAGGGUUUUUUUUUUGAAGUGCAUGUGCGGUUGAUUAUGAAUUUGUAACAUUUGUCUCCCAAAUGAGGGUGGAAUUUGUGUUGUAAUGGUAAAUCGAAUGCGAUUUGGUUUUCUCUUUUGA